AUGACUGUCCCAGUACAAGCCGUGGAAUGGUACCGAGAUCAGGUCAUUUUUCUGACCGGUGCCACUGGUAACCUCGGCGGAUGCUUGCUGUACAAAUUGGCAGUGAAGCUUCCAGUUGCAAAGAUAUAUGUCCUUUGUCGGGGAUCGGUGCACCAGGCCACGGAGAAAUGGGAAAUGUCCAUGGCAGAAUAA